UUAUUUCAGCCCCAGUCUCCAAGCCAUCACAGACUUUACUUUGAGGUACAAUAUCCCUUUUUAUGAUUUAACUAUGUUUGAUGUGUGCCUAACUAAAAAAUCACACCAUUUCUAUUCCAGCUUGAGAGGUGUAGUCACCAAUUUGGACGACAACACGGAGAACGCUACCUGGCCCCUUAGCUCAAUUGGAGAUCUCAGCUACUUCCUCUCCAAUCCUACCGACCAGGAACCUUAUUUUGUCUGCAAAGCCCGGAUAGUUGACGUCCUAAACAAAAAGGGCUGGUACUACAUCUGUUGCACUCGGUGCAGCAAAGAAAUGGUCAAAUCAGCUGCCUCUCUCCGCUGUGACCAAUGUGGUAACACCAAUGACACCGGUGUUGUUAGGUAUCGUGUUGAAUUGUUGGUUGAUGAUGGGAAUAAUUAUGCAACUUUUGUGGUGUUCGAUAAGGAGAUGCUCGAGAUGACUAAACAUCAUGCAGCUACUCUCUUUCUGAACGAGGUCAAUGUUGGUCUUGACGACAAACUCCCGCAAUGCGUAUCAGGACUUGAAGGGCAAACUUUUGUUUUUCAUAUACGUGUCAAGCCAUGCAACUCCACCCAGAACUACAGUCCCUUUACUGUUUCUGCUAUCAGUCACAAUAUUGACACCAAGGAUUUCAACAUCAAGGAAGGCCCCUGUGUUGAUCUUAAAUGUGAUGAACCAUCCACUUCCCCUCCAGCCAACAACACGUUAACAGCUGAGGUGGAAGAAGGUGAACGCAGCUGCUCCCGUGAGUGAAUGCUUGAAAGCAACCAAAAGCGUCAUCCCAAGCCUCCAAGUCUUUCUCAGUUUUAAUAUUACUAUGCAUUUCAAGUUUCUCUCUUUGCAACCUCUUACUUGCAACGU